GAGGAGAUGCUCCUUUUUCUUCUCCCACGCCUCUUCCUCGUUUUCUUCUCCGCACGGGCGGCUAGGGUUCCAGCAGCCGCCGCCACAACCUCCAGGGGUGAUCUCCCCCACGCGACCACUCCUGCCCCCACCCCCUUUCAGUCGUCCUCCUCUCAUCCACGGAUGAUCGUCACCCAAAUUUCUCGGCGGUGGCGGGGCGAUGCGGCGCAUUCAAGUGAUAGGGGCUGGGUGGCACGGGCUUGUUGAGAUCGUGAGCGGCCAGCAUGCUCCGUGAGGUCGUGGACGGCGAGGCUGGGUAGGGGAAAGGAGCAACCAGGAGGUCGCCGAUGAGGUUCGCCCGCCGCGAUGGGCUACGUCUACUACACCACGGUCUUCGUCGCCGUCGCCGUCUGGCUCGGCCUCGCCACGGCGGCCAGGAUCGCCAACGCUGCCGCCUUCACGACCCUUGCCUCCGCCUGCCUCGCCACCUACGCCGCCGCUGUCUCUCGGACCCUGGCCGGGUGCCGCCCGCCUUCCUGCCCGACGUCGAGAGCGCCGAGACCCCGUCCACGAGGUCAAGCGCAAGGUAUCAGUUCCUACCCAGAGUCUUGUUCCUACCUCGAGCUUCCCUCAGACACGGCUUCGGUUGGUCAUAGGUCGCUUGGUUGUUCAAGUAUGUUUGGUGGCUCUUCGUUUAGAGUUGAGAUGGACCAUGCACUGGUGGGUUCCAAAGAUAUAUCCAUAACUAUUAAUAACGGCUGCGAGGAGGUAGCCGAUGGGGUUCUGCGACCAGACGAGGGAAAGGGCGUCGAUCUCCCUCCUGCUCCCAAUCGCCGGCAUGACCACCAUCGACUAGAUCUUCACCACCUCCAACAAUUACCAGAGCUUUUGGGUGGUUUGUGCACAUGCUCAAACCAGGGAGGAUGCCUGAAGUCCAACAAAGGCCCUUGGAGUGACCCUUAAAUUAUGAAGAUCAUACAUAACAUGGAAUCAUCUGUAUUAAGUGAUAUUGUGCAAGUAUCUGAUAUAGAAGAAACUAUUGCAGGCUCUGUAAGAUUGCAUGUGCUUAAGGCAAGAUUAACAAAUGUCUGAUCUAUGAGCUCUCAUUUGUUCAAUGAGUCAAUCUCUUCUCAGUUUUAACGUUUUAUGCACUGUCCCUUCUUCUUUCAGCUGCCAAAAAGAAUUAGUGAUACAUCAAAUGCUGAAUCAGGUUCAGAUGUUGAUGAUUUUGGAUCCCCUAUAGCCGCUGAAGAUGUUAAAUUCAUAGUUUGGCUAACGUUUUAUGCCCUGUCCCUGCUUCUUUCAGUUACCAAAAAGAAUUAUUGAUAGAUCAGAUGCUGAAUCAGGUUCAAAUGUUGAUGAUCUUGGAUCCCCGCAUAGCCCCUGAAGAUGUUCACGUAAGUGUUUAAUUUGUAUAGAAUUAAAUCACCUGGUUUGCAUUAGCAUUUCAAAGAGGGCAAAAUAGCAUACUGCUUGUGUGGGAAAAAUGUUGGUAUCUUGGUGUUAGUUUUAGAUGUGAGCACUAAUGCUUAUUGGCUAUAGUUGUGUUUUUUUAUCGGAAGUAUGCUAGCAGUCAUCAUAUAUUGGCCAAGUUGAAUUUGUGUUGGGUAUAUCAAGAUGAAGAUCAAGAGAAUUCCGAUGAAAGGCAUCAUGUUAAUUCUGAUGUGGAAAUGGAUGAUUCCAAGUCUCUAGAGAACUCUGAAAGGUGUUCUGUUUAUUUGGUUCCUUAGCCGUGGCUUCAUGAGGUCCCUUUCUUAAGCUAAACUAAAGCACUUAAUGUUAGCUUAUCUUCGCUUUUGAAUUAAAUGUAAUACAUCGUAUUACUCGUUUA